CACACCUCCGCGGCACACUUUACCCAAUUACAGCGCCACAGCAACAUUUACCCUGGACCCAACCACCUCGCUAUACCGUUCAGCAUUGCCAUGGUGACCGCUUUCUGUUUGGCGUUUUGCAAGCCGCUUUGCUGCCCUUCUUCUUGUCUCAGGCUUGGCGAGAAGCUUAGCCAAAACGUCUCACCAUGAACUGCCGCUACUGUCUCGAGUCCCGCAGUUACGACCAGAACAGCCUACCGUGACCCUCCUUCGUGGAUGGACCUUCUGCGCUGCUAGCGUCCGUAACGAAGCGCCUGACGAACACGUAGAACCGCACCGCAAAUGGCGAAUCAGAAGCUCCCCACUGGUCAAUUCCGUCGCUUGGACAUUCAGAAAAGCCUUGAUGCAUUGCUUGCUGCCUGAUCAUCGCGGUGAAACCAGCGUCAACCCGUCCCUUGAACCGUGUAUACCUUGUGAACUCUGGGAAGUGUGGAGGCAUGGAGGUGUAGUUACAUCCCGGCCGUCUUCCUGUUUUGAGUGUGGCAGGCGUUCGGGGGAAUAGCAAGCAUUCGCCUAGCCGCCCUCAAAGUCGAACUUACCCGUUGAGUUGGAGAGGUGAGACGGGGAUUUCGUCUUGACAGAAUACUUAAGUCGACUGUAUCCACUCAUCCAGAGAAAUCAUUCCACUUCAGCAUCUUCAUCGCUUGUCCUUCUUGCUUCUCUUCCACUCUCUUACCUUCUUUUCAUUCUCUUCGUCGAUUGAUUCGACUGUUUUAAGCUUCUCUUCACUAUCCUUUAUCUGCAGCGCAGUAUUGUAUACUUUUUAAGUUUUAUAUCUUAUUCAUAUACACUUUCAUCAACCAUGCAUUUCUCCACAAUCACCCUGGCUCUCGGUCUCCUGGCCGCUGCUCCCAUCAGCGCCAGCCCAGUCUCUUCGCAAGGCUUGACAGCUAGCAACAACCUACACGAGGCUCGCACGGUUGAACCUGUAGCUGCUCCUGUCGAGCUUGAAGCUCGCCACCACAAGGGCCGUGGAGGCAAGAAGAACGCCAAUCAAGCCAGAUACGUUGUCACUGAGAGUGAUGGACUGAGACUUGUUGCCCGCCACCACAAGGGAAGAGGCGGAAAGAAGAACAACAACAACGCCGCUCGCGAUACUGAGCUUUCUGCUCGUGCUCCCCACCAUAAGGGCCGAGGAGGUAAGAAGAACGGUAAUGCCGCUCGCGAUGUUGAAGAGGAUGAGGAUGAGGAGCACGAUGCCGAUCUGGCUACCCGCGCCCCUCAUCACAAGGGUCGUGGAGGCAAGAAGAACGGCAAUGCUGCUCGCGACGUUGAAGAGGAGCACGACGAUGCCGAUCUUGCCACUCGCGCCCCUCACCACAAGGGUCGUGGCGGAAAGAAGAACGGCAACGCUGCUCGCGAUGUUGAAGAGGAAGAGGAUCACGACGAUGCCGAACUAGCUACUCGUGCACCUCACCACAAGGGACGAGGAGGCAAGAAGAAUGGCAACGCCGCUCGUGAUGUUGAGGAAGAUGAGGAUGAGGAGCAUGAGGCUGAGCUGUCCACCCGCGCCCCUCACCACAAAGGCCGCGGUGGAAAGAAGAACAACAACCAAGCCCGUGCCCCCCACCACAAGGGCCGCGGAGGCAAGAAGAACGGAAACUAA